AUGCCGCCACGUAGAGGUGGAUGCCUAGGUGGUGGGAGGAAAAGUGAUCAAGACAAUACAAGUAUGUACACACCCAAUGCAGGAACCCCUCAGCAACCGACUACUACAAAUAAAUUACCAUCAACUCUAGCAGCAAGAGCUGAAUUAAUUGGACUGCAAAUCGACUCAAUGCAUUUUAUAACCAAACCAGUUAAUCAAAAAAUAAGCCUGCGCAAUGUUUCAAAUGCUUUAAAUACAGACAUGUGGCAAAGUACUGCAGAGCUCCCCAUCAGGUAUGCUCAAGAUGUGGCGAAGAAACUCAUAGAUACGACGAUUGCCCGCAUAUUAAUAAAAAAAACAUCAUGCUCCAACUGUAAAGGGAAGCACUUAGCAACAUCAACUGAUGAUUCAAAAUUCAUAGAAUUUCAAUUAAAAAUACAGAAAACAAUGAAUCAAUACUCAUCAACAAGAAAGGACCGCACAAGUCGAUCAAUCGAAAAUUAUAGAAUUACUUUCCGAAAAAAUAAUGGCAUUAGUCGAGCAAACAACACAACAAAUUUUUACAACAAAGAUGAUAAACCAGAUGAAUUUGGUGACAAUAAAAAAGAAACAACAAGUCAACCUGAAUCAACAAAUCUACAGAACAUUAAACAUAACACAGAAUAUGCUAUGAUUCCAACGCAUGGAUGCAAGCGAAAAUUCAUUUCACCAAGCAGCUCACCAGACCAAAUAAGAAAUAACAUCAACGCACCGAUAAUUGAUUAUGACAAUUCUCAAAAUUCUUCAUCGCAAUUUCACCUCAAUUAA